UUUUGUCAACAUUCGAUACGGUUUCGUUGCGAAAGGUUUUUGCACUCGAAAUAUAAUUUAAAUAAAAUAUUUAUGUCAGUGUAUUGAACUAUUAUUCAAUGGGUAGAACAUCGUGAUGUGUAUAGUUUGCGAAUAGUAUAAAUUAAAGACGUCACUUCAGGGAAGAACGAACAACAGCUGUGUUGCGGUGGUCCACAGCAGAAAAAUGUCAUCGCCGUCCAAACUUCGAUCCAAGAGACAGGCUCGAUACAAACGUCUGUUACACAAACGACUUCCAAUUACAAAAUGGCUUCCAGAAUACAACUCGGAGAAGGCUCUGGCAGAUUUAAUUGCGGGCAUCACAGUGGGCCUUACGGUGAUACCACAGGCUCUGGCGUAUGCGACACUGGCUGGACUUAGUCCACAGGACGGUCUCUACUCAUCGUUUAUGGGAUGUUUCGUCUACAUAGUGUUUGGGUCUUGCAAGGACAUUACUUUGGGACCGACAGCGUUGCUGGCCCUCAUGACUUAUCAACAAAUACAGGGAAGAAACCCUGACUAUGCCGUAUUACUCUGCUUUUUGUCUGGCGUGGUACAACUCGGAAUGGGCUUAUUACAUUUAGGUGUUCUAAUAGACUUCAUAUCAGUGCCAGUCACGGUUGGAUUCACAUCAGCUACAUCUGUGAUUAUCGCCGUUUCACAACUGAAGGGCCUUCUGGGACUACAGUUCAAAUCUGGCGGAUUCUUGGACACUGUUAAAAAGGUUAUAACCAAUAUACCGAACGCAAGAUUAGCAGACAGUACUCUAGGAAUAUCCUGUAUAGUGCUACUUUUACUCAUGCGUAAAAUGAAAGACCUCAAGCUGCCAGCUAGUCAAAAAGGUUUGAAGAAAACUCUUUGGUUGCUCUCGACAUCAAGAAACGCGAUCGUGGUAGUAGGAUGUUCCGUGGCCGCGUUUUUAUUUGAGAAAUACUCCACGCAACCGUUCAAACUAACUGGAACUGUCAAAGACGGCCUGCCCUCGCUGAGUUGGCCUCCGUUCCAUACAGCCGUGAAUGGCAGAUACGUGGGCUUCAUGGAGAUGUGCUCAGACCUUGGCUCCUCGAUAUUCAUAGUGCCUGUUAUUGCUGUGCUAGGCAAUGUUGCUAUUGCUAAAGCUUUUGCGAGUGGCGAAUCAGUGGAUGCGACACAAGAACUGAUAACUCUGUCGCUAGCAAACAUCUUCGGUUCAUUCGCUGGUGCUAUGCCGAUCACUGGGUCGUUCUCUAGAAGUGCUGUGAACCAUGCCAGCGGAGUCGCCACACAGUUCGGCAGCAUUUAUACAGGUGUACUGGUGUUACUGGCGCUCAGUCUUCUCACUCCGUACUUCUACUUUAUCCCGAAGGCGGCGCUGGCGUCCGUAGUGAUAUGUGCUGUGAUAUUUAUGAUAGAAUAUGAGGUUGUGAAACCGAUGUGGCGGUCUCGUCGCGCGGACCUGUUGCCUGCGUUCGCGACGUUCGCGCUGUGUCUGUCGGUGGGCGUGGAGCUCGGCAUCCUGGCGGGCGUCGCCGUCAACGUCAUACUACUGCUGUACCCCAGCGCCAGGCCGCAGCUUGAGGCUGAGAUUGUUACGAACGCAUCAGGCUUCAGUUACGUUUUAGUAACUGUAGGCAACAGUCUGUACUUCCCUGGCGUGGAGUACAUCAGGCAGUAUGUAGAGAGAGCCGCCAAGAAGCAGGGCGGGUGUAGCAUGCCCGUCGUUAUUGAUUGCCGAUAUGUGUUAGGCGCAGACUUCACAGCGGCUAAGGGUAUAUGCGCACUAUCAGGUUCGCUGGCUGCGCGCGGGCAGCCACUAGUGCUGCUGUCUCCCCGCGCAUGCGUCGCCAGUGUCUUCAGCGGGGCCGGGUCUAAUGUAGUCGUUGUACUCACGCAUGCUGAGCUGGACUCCACUUUACAUAGUCUUACAGGCCAAAUACCACUGCAAAUAACCAGUAAAGAACACACUCCGCCUCCAAACUACGAUUCACUCAAACAAUCAGACGAUGACGUCACAGAAGUGGUCAUAGUUGACGAUCAGAACAGUACGCCACUACUGUGCAAGAACGGGACGGCACUAUCUCACGCAAACGGGGGCAAUGACACGUGACGGUAUUAAUUUUUAUUUAGUUUUUAUUGCAGUAGUAUAGUGUUGUUGGUUUUUUAAUGGUUUUAGAUUUCGAAAUGUAUUGUUUGUUAAAGAAAUUACCCUAAUUGCAAGUUGGUUUUUAUGUAGGUUGAAGUUUCGGGUUGACUUGAACGGUUUCGAAUGAAAGUCAGGGCUCAUAAAAAUCAAUAUAAUAUCGUGACAUUUGGAAAAAAUUUAGCAACGCCAAAGCACACUUAAAUGCUAUAAUUUUCUUUAUUAAUUAAUUCAUUUUCAAAUGUAAAUCUGAAACCAUUAAAAUAUCAGCUGUACUAGAUAUUUGUGUAGAUAUACGUACAAGUUCGACAGUGUCCCUCGUGUAGAUAGUUCCUAAAGUAUGUUUAUGUGAGUAAGGUACUUAAUUAUACUUUGGUUAGUGUUGACAGUUCUAACUAAAGUGCUUGUAAAGUCAUAACUUAUUUAUACCUAUGAAAUAGCUUAGGAGAGCCAUACUUCGGUACGAAUGGGUCGGCUCGAUUGCUGCUCGAUUACUGGCGUGUUCCAUAAAAAAAAAACAAUAUAGCUAUUUGCCAACAGCAUUUUUACCGCAGGGCUGAUUCAUAGGUAUAAGUUAAUAAGAAUCUUUUUUUUAUUUCCUCCUAAUAAUAUGUAUGUAUGUCCUCAAAACCGUCCCAUAUUGUCUGCCUACUCUUAAUAAUGACUCUAGAUCUUAAAAUCUUAGCAAAUUUGUUCUAGCAUUUAAAAUUAAUUUGAUAAAGAAUUUAAUACGUAAAGACUAUGCGAAAAGUGAGCUUCUGUUAGUGCUAUCUUAAACUUAAUAUAAAAGGCAUAAUGGCCUUUCGUCAUAAUAUCGUUACCAUAUAAAACCACACAUGACUUCCAUUAAAUCACUAUCCUCUUCCAACAUUCCUAUUGUAAAUGUAUGUAUUUAAAAAAAGUCUGAUCUUUAUCUUCCCUUAAACCUUCGGUGCAAUAGAAGAUAAAAUAUUACUAUUCAAUUAAAUUCAUAUCUCCCAUAUCAACUAUAGUUUGACUGAUACCGUUGCACCGCGACUUAGGCUAGACGCUAGUUAUGGUGCAUUCACAUCUAGCAAAUACGUGGCGCACAUUGUUCAUGUUAAAACGAAGUGUAUAAGCGGGGGAGGGGGGGGGCUAGACAUAGCAUUAACUGCAGCUGUUUACCAGAUUUCGCUUAAGUAAUUGAGUACUUAUUUGUUAACAAAAAAAUUGGUGUCAAAGUUAUGAAUAGUCUAUUUUUAUUUGUCAGCGACAAUAAUUGGACGUUCAGAACCUGCCAUUAGCGUCACCUGGUGAGCAAGAGAUAAUGUAGCCAUCAUCGGACCGAAUAUCAACCUUAUUGUAAAUUCAUGCUCUUUCCUUUUCAACCUUAUUUCCUCGCGUCUGCCUUAGGUGCAGUAUAGCGGUACCAGUCAAACUAUAAAGCCUAUUUUCCUAGAUAAUUUAUUGACUAUUGUCGAUCUUGUACAGAAUAAUGAAUAAAUUAGAGUAAUAAUGUAGAUUAAAUUAAUUAUACAUUUGCGUUACUGGCGUUCAACGCCGUUUUUAUGUGUCUGUCAAAUGUCUCGAAAUCAGUAAUUCAUAAUAAUCAAACAGUAUGUCUAGAAUUAAUGCAUAUAAUGUGUUCUGAAAUAUCUGCCACGCUUUUAAUGGGAUGUUGUUGUUUUAGAAGAUUUUCUCUCUCAUUAAAGCCGCGGUAGAUACAUUUAAAGCUCCUAAUAUAUCGAUGUUAGAUUUGAUGUCUAAUAUAUUGGAAUUUAGAGGUGAACCAACCAUGCAUACCAUAUAAGUAAUUUGUGCCGACUUCUUCGUAGUCUGUUAUUUCUGUUAUUCAAAUAGUUUAGAAGAUAAUAAUUAACUUGAUACGAAUUAGUGCAAUCAGGUAUCUGUUUUGUUAGUCCGAUAAUAUUAAAUGAUGUAGGUAGAGUGUGCAAUUUUGUUUAUAUGUGUCAUCAAUUUUAUUACAUUACAAAAAAUAGAAUCAACUCCCAUAAUACUAGUAAAGGAGAAAUAUACACAUAAUAUGUCUAAUUAUUCCAGUCCUUUUUAAAGUAAAUAACAAAACUAGAAUACAACUACUUCAACCAUCUUAUCCGAUUCGGCGUCACAAUGGUGCUAUACUUUUCCCUACUGGAGUUAUCUUUUUUAUUGUUUAAAUCUGUUUAGUCGUUCUCGAGUUUUGCGUUUAUUACAUUCAAUUCAAUUACAUCAAUAAAUAAUGAUCCCAACCUCUAUAUUAAAGUAAGCAUCCACAGGCCCGCAUCGUACGCAUUCCGUAUGACGUCAUCAGUACGCAUCGCAUGUAGGCAUUGCUGAUGAUACGGUGCGUACGAUGCGUAUUAAAUAUUACAAAAAAAUUGUAUACUAUAAGUUAUGAUUAAAAUGUCUUGCCUUUUAAAAGUAACCUCUAAUAAUAAUAAUAAAAUAAAUCGUUGUUUUUACCCGUAACAGUGAGAAUCGCCUUUCUACUUUAUGUUAAACAAUUGUUUUAAUAAAUAAUAAUGCAAUGUUAAUCUUGAUAGUACAUAAGUUGCGUGUUUUGUACUGAAAUAUAUAAUAUACUAUAUAGUUUGGUAAUUUUUGUAAUUGCAAUUUGAGGUGGUAUAAAAUGGGUGACUAUUUAUAUGUAUAAUUGUAGUUUAUAUAUAAGUACUUAUUAUAUAUAUAAUUUUGUUUUAUAAUAGUUUUGAUGUUGAAUUUAUGUUUUUUUAGUCCCAUAAAUAUGUCCCAUCUCGAAGGCAUGAAAUGAAAAAAAUAGUACCAAAGAUGAGUGAGUCUAAUGUAAUAUUACGUAUAUAUGUUUCUCUUUAUUGUAAAUCAGUAGAAAUCUCCAAAAUGUAUUUAAACCUAUAAAUAUUUGUACUAUCAUAUAAAUGUAUACUAUGUUUACUUAUGUGUUCUUAGUUUAACCAGUGAAAAUGUAUUGAACAAUCUGUACACUAUUUAAAAUAUACAAUUUUACAAUCA